AUGCCACGACACUACACCCCGCGGGAGGUCCGCGCGCACUGCUUCGAGGAUGACGCGUUUGUGUCAGCCAACGGCAAGGUGCUAGACAUCACCCCGCUCAUUCAGCAGUACCAGGGCACACGCUACGCCAGCCUCGUGCAGCCGCUCAUCCGCGCCGCCGGUGCUGACAUCUCGCAUUGGUUCGACAAGACGACGAUGGACCUCAAGACGUGCAUCGACCCCGAGACGGGCUUCCGCACAUAUGCGCAGCCGUUCGGCCGCUUCGCACACAUCCCGACCGUUCUCCCCGAUAGCAGCAUCGACCUCAGCUACGACGUGCCGUGGUGGCAGGACGAGAAGUACGCCAUUGGAAGUCUUACCCGCAAGACGCGCAAGAUCCGCAUCGUCAACACGCUCAACGGGCACGAGCACACACUGGAGGUCUGUGCGGAGGAGACGCUGCACGAGAUUGUCAUGACGCGGUUUCUCUCAAUUAACGCCCACGCGCUGAGUUACACGUGGCGCCGCCACGACCCGGAGGGUCGCGACCUCGACAUGAGCAAGACGCUUGACGAGAACGGCGUCGUUGACGAGUCGGAGGAGUUUGAGUCGCUGGGCUUGAACGCCGACUUCUACAUCCCAACGCUGCACCUCUACUACGACGACGACCUGACUGAGGCGUAG